GACCAACACUUAAUCAAAUGAGUCACAGUCAGGUUGACAUCCAGUAGGAAGCAUCAUAAUUAGACAAGAAUUGAACAAAGCAAGGAGGAGAUGUUUACACAUGAAAAGACAGAAAACAGUCUCAGUGAAUAGGAAAAAUAUUGCAUUCUCACCCUCUGUUCCAAUAUCUGGACCAAUACCAAAGGUGACAGUCUCAUUUCAGAGCCGUGACAAAAAAUCGGUGAUGGGGAGAGACAGGAGGAGGAGCGCGCAGGAAGUGGUGGAGAGGUGUGAGGAUAGGAAAGAUGUCAGUGAAAAGUGCAAAGGGAGGACCAGAAAGCAAAGCAUCCCCUGCUGCCAGCAUGUCUCCACGAGGGGGAAAGGGAGCAACAGCUGGCAGAUCGCCUGCUGUUGGGAGAUUCAAAAACAAGGCCCUUCAGCUCAGCCUCUCCAAGAAAUUCUGCACACGGUCCCCGUCGGCCCAGCAGAAGGGCGCCGGCGAGGAGAGGGCGCGGCGGCGCGGCAAACGGAGCCUCAGCAACAGCUCGGCGGUGGCCGCCGCCUACGUCUCCUACCUCAACAAACUGUUUGGCCAGGAGAGAGAGCUGAUGCCAGAGGAGUUAGAUGAGCUACAGGAGGCCUUUAAGGAAUUUGACUACGAUGCAGAUGGAUUCAUCCAUUACAAAGACAUCGCAGACUGCAUGAGGACCAUGGGCUAUAUGCCCACAGAGAUGGAGCUGAUUGAGAUCAUUCAGCAGAUCAAAACAAAAUGGGGUGGUCACGUAGACUUUGAUGAUUUCUGCCAGCUAAUGGGGCCACGGAUGCUGGCUGAGACGGCUCACAUGGUCGGGCUCAAGGAGCUGCGCUGUGCCUUCAAACAGUUUGACUGCGAUGGUGAUGGAAAGAUCACGCUGGAUGAGCUGAAGGAGGGCAUGAAGACCCUGCUGGGGGAGAAGCUGAAGAAAGGCGAACUGGAGGAAAUCCUUGGGGACAUUGACCUCAACAAAGAUGGCAACAUUGACUUUGAUGGUAAGAUGUUGGGAAUUACAUUACAUAUAAAAACUUCCAGGACACUACAGUAGCAUCUGGUUUAUAUACUGUUAUAAACACAUGGUGCAUGAAGGGUGCACUGUGAAUGAAGAGGUACUCCAACUCACCAGUUAGAGCUGUGUACAGGAAAUAAGGAUAAACCAGAGGAAAGAACAAAGCCCAGAGGUCAGUGAAUGGACCCAGGAUGAAGGAAGCAUCAGAGGAAAAUGAACACAAUGUUACAACACUAAAAAUAAAACUAGAUGGAUUAUUAUUAGGAUAAUUACAUAAACAAUACAGCCCAUGUUACAGGUUACAGGUGUCGGUCUUGUCUCAGCCAAUCAUUAGCGGGAACCUAUAAAUAAACAUGUCAGGCAUAGAAAAUAUCAAUGAGCAGACGGUUGCCAUUGUUAUGGCUUCGCCCCCAGGCCAGCGUUGGUGUGAGCAGGUUAGUCCCAGCGCUAAGGCACCUGGCUGGCGAGCAUCCACGGCAGCUACUGGAGCUGUCGAAACAUCCCAGUGGCAGCUCAGUCUCCAGCGUCAGGACGAUGGGGCCGCUGCUGCUGCGCUCGGCUCGCUUCCUUUUGUAGGAAACGGUUAGAGGAGUAGCGCCACAGAUAAUGUUAGUGGGCUAAUCUGGAAUUAAGCUCUAGAGCUCGGCGAGUCAAUAGAUCCACACCUACUGUACAGCCUGAAGCGCUUCGCCGAGACAAUGGGGGACGCCGACGCGACGUGAUUGAGAGGACGGGGCCCGUGAGGAGCGCCUCCAGCCACCUGCAGCCGCGACGUAUCGACAGGGCGCGUCAAUAGACGUCUUGACUGAAAAGUGAAUCCAUAGUAAUGUAUGCGGAAAGCUGAAACAAGAUGUUUUCAAUGAGGCAACCAACCAGGAUACGUGGCAGUCAGGGUGUUGGCGUCGGUACCAUUUUAAAUCCCGGACUCGGAUCCUUUCCUGACCUGCUACUGUACAUAUAAGUGAGGAAAUCCUUGUGCUCUGAAAUAUCAGCUCAUGACGGCUUCAGUUUUUCAUUAGUGAUGAUGAAUAACGUUUUGCUGUUGCAUCACACCACAAUAUCAUGAGGGCUGAUAAGAUGCAGCUGCAUCCCCUGGUCUUUUUAUGAUAUUAGAGUGUCAUUAGUCCUUAUCGCUGGAUCUGCUGCCUCCUGUCUCUG